AUACUUCCUGGAAUGGAUAAAACACAAAACCUAACAAAGAACUCAAUACAGUUGCUCAGAGCUGCCACUCUUCACACUACAGAAUGGCUCAUUUAACAAACUUAAAUGGAGUCACUGAGACCCUGCCAGCCAUACCAAAACUUGUCAACGUGCAGAAACAUCAAAGAAGGAUGAAAAUAACUGGAUUGCUAGGCAAGAAGCCGGUUAAUCUUCAAGAGAAUUCAUUUCAAACUACAAGAAGACUAGCUUUAGGCCUUGCUUCAAUAGCUCUCAUUGGAAAUCCCAGUACUGGUGUCUCUCUCGCGGAGGAUAAUUGGUGGGCUCGUGAUAUCCCCUUGCCCGUGCCUUCUGUGGAGAACAAACUUGCAAAUGAGGAGACAGGCACACGUUCUUUUCUGAAGAAGGGAAUUUAUAUGGCAAAUGUUGGAUUGGAAGGUAGCGCACGUAGGGUAAAGAGAUAUGCAUUUGAUCUCUUAGCUCUGGAGGAUUUGAUAGGACCAGACACCCUGAAUUAUGUCAGGAAGUACUUGAGAAUCAAGUCCACCUUCAUGUACUAUGAUUUGGACAAGAUUAUCUCUGCAGUUCCUGUAGAUGACAAGCAACCUCUUACUGAUCUGGCUAACAGAUUGUUUGACAACUUUGAAAAGCUUGAAGAUGCAUCAAGGAGGAAAAACCUGCCUGAUACAAAAUCAAGUUAUCGAGACACAAAAGCACUUUUGCAAGAGGUCAUGCAAAAGAAUCCAAUUGAUCUGAAGAGUAAAUUUACCUAUUACCCGGAUGGACUUCAAAGCUAGUUGCGCCUUACGGGUGAUGAAGACAAUAUAUUCACAUUACAAUGUACUUUCUAUUUAUUCUUAAUUUGCAAUUUAGCCUUCCCACUUACAUUUCAAAA